AUGGUCAGCGCGGGGGCGGACCCGCUGACUGGCUUUGUGGUGCAGCACCCCACUCAUCCACAUUCCCUGACCCUGCGCCGGCAGUACAGCAAGGGGGGCGCCAAGGGCGGGGGAGGGAAAAUCGGGAAGGCAGGGGGCGGGAUGGUGAGCGCGGGGGCAGACGCGCUGACUGUCUUUGUGGUGGACCGCAUUCGACAGUUCUGCAGCUGUGACACCAAGCACGCGCUGCAACGGGCACACGACAUCUGCUCCGCUUCCUCCUCCUCCUCCUCCUCCUCCUCCUCCUCCUCCUCCUCCUCCUCCUCCUCCUCCUCCUCCUCCUCCUCCUCCUCCUCCUCCUCCUCCUCCUCCUCCUCUUUAGAACACUCUGUUCUCAAUUCCUCUUACCGUUUCCCCGUUUCCCCCUCUUCCUCCCCCCAUUCCCCCAGGGACACCAAGCACGCGCUGCAACGGGCACACGACAUCUGCUCCGCUUCCUCCUCCUCCUCCUCCUCCUCCUCCUCCUCCUCCUCCUCCUCCUCCUCCUCCUCCUCCUCCUCCUCCUCCUCCUCCUCCUCCUCCUCCUCCUCCUCCUCCUCCUCCUCCUCUUUAGAACACUCUGGACACCAAGCACGCGCUGCUAGGAGCACACAGCAUCAGCUCCGCCCCCUCCUCUGCUUCCUCCUCCAGACGCUCCUCUCUGAAGCGGACACCAAGCACGCACUGCUAGGAGCACAGUCGAUCACCUCCCUCCCCUCCUCCUCUUCUGUCAAGCGCUCCUCUCUCAAGCCACGCGCUGCUAGGAGCACAGUCGAUCACCUCCCUCCCCUCCUCUUCUGUCAAGCGCUCCUCUCUCAAGCGUCUCACCAGCACUCCCUCUCUCCUCCUGCCCUGCCCCUCCCCCAACCCCUUCCCCACUACCCCCGCCCCCAUGCCCCCAGGGACACCAAGCACGCGCUGCUAGGAGCACAGUCGAUCACCUCCCUCCCCUCCUCUUCUGUCAAGCGCUCCUCUCUCAAGCGUCUCACCAGCACGCCAGUCAACACCAACCGCCGCUCCCUCGUGCUCCCCGCCUCCUCCGUUUCCGCCACCUACCCUUCCCCUUCCCCUCAAGUUUCCGUUGCCCCGUCCGGUUCCGUGGCAGACACUCAGAUGAACCGCUUCCUUCAUCCCUCUACCCAUGCAUGUUUCUCCCCCACAACUUCCCCCUCCUCCCCCCUUCGCCCCACUUCUCCCUGCUCCCCCAUGCCCCCCAUCCCACUUCUCCCCCCUCCUCCUUGCAGCCUGUUCCCCGACCUGCGUCUCUUGAAGGACCUGUUCCCUGACCUGCGUAUGUCAAAGGAGUAUCGGCAGCUCGCAGACACGCAGAUGAACCGCUUCUUGGAUGUGCUGCUGAAAGAUAUGAUGGCAUCCAUAGGCGCACCCACCACAGGCAUUUCUCCUGCCGAGUUCCAGAAAAGACUGGAUGCAUUCAAUGUGGCGUUUGAGGAGCUCUGUUUCAACAUGCGCCGAUUCCACGUGCACGACUCGGUGGCGCGCACGCAGAUCCGCGGCCUGUGCCACGAGCGCAUACUCUCCUCCUACAAGGACUUCCUCAUGCCCUUCAGGGAGGACCUAGUGAGCUUCCCAGAGAGUGCAGGUUCACAAGCACCAGUGCCUGCAGGGGUGCAGGCGCGCACAACCCUCGCCCCCCACGCGCUGCUCUCUCUCCUCAAGUCAAUCGAGUCAACCCUCGGGAGGAACCUCAACCCGCUCACAGCCCAGCGCUACGGCCCCCGGCCUCUGGAUCUCGAUUUGAUUUUCUAUGGGUCUAGAACCAUCCGGCCUGAAGAAACCACUCAUUGUGCAGCUGCUGCUGCUGCUGCUGCUGCUGGUGCUGCUGGUGGUGGUGCUGCUGCUGCUCCUGUUGUUGCUCCUACCCCUGAUGCUCCUCCUGCUGCUUCCGCCUCUGCUGCUGCUCCUCCUCCUGCCUCUGCUGCUGCUCCUCCUCCUGCCUCUGCUGCAGCAACCAGCACCCCAUUCGACCUCGAGGUUCCACACCCACGCUUAGCUGAAAGACUCUUUGUGCUCGCCCCUGUGGCGGACUUGCUGGAGUCUGUUCAGGUUGAGGCCCCAGGAAUCAAAGCCCCCCAUGACAAGGCUGAGUCUGAGGCGCCUCAACAACACGCCCCAGUGGCGGACCUGCUGGGGUCUGCCCAGGCUGAGGACGAACGGGUGCCCGCGUGGGUGUUUCACCCGGCGUUUGGCAAGGCUGGAGUGCCGGGCCUUUGGAGAAAUCUGGGUGGAGAGGUAGCAGUGGGGGGAAAUGACCUGAGGAGGGUAGUUCCCCUUGCCCAGCGGCUAUUUAGAGGGCAGAGCGUGGGGAGAAAGGAAGAGGGGGAGGGCCCCCUGUGGGCAUGGGAGGGGCAGCAGCGGCCUCUGGCCGUCAGAUCACGAUCGCCAGAUGUGAUCAUCUCAGUGGACACUUUCGAUGCGGAGGUUGCCAGGUCAGCAGCCUUAGCUGGCGCUGACGUCAUCAACGAUGUGUCGGGUGGCACGAUGGAUCCGCAGAUGCUGCCGACGGUUGCCGCCCUGAAUCUCCCGUUUGUCCUGAUGCACAUGCGGGGAGAUCCCACUACCAUGCAGUCUUCCGAAAACACAACGUACAAAGAUAUCAUUGCUGACGUGGCAUCUGAGUUGGCAGAGCAGGUGGCAGCUGCUGAGAGGGCCGGGAUUCCCCUGUGGAAUAUCAUUCUGGACCCGGGCAUCGGGUUUGCUAAGACAGGCCAGCAAAAUCUGGAGCUGAUUAGGAACCUCGGGCAGUUGAGAAAAGAAUUGGGCAGGUGCAGGAAAGGUCUGGAGCAUGUCCCGCUGCUUCUCGGCCCUUCAAGAAAAGGAUUUUUGGGCAGGCUGACCGGCCGGGCAGCUGGAAAGGAUCGUGAUUGGGCGACAUGUGGAGCUGUGGCAGCAUGUGUUGCUGGAGGGGCGGACGUUAUAAGAGUGCAUAAUGUUGCUUCUGGUCGAGAUGCUUCUAUAGUAGCAGCUGCCAUUUUCAGGAAUGUGGGGUUGUAUGUUACAAAGUGA